AUGAACAGUCAGGUCAAUACAGCUCGUAUAACACUCAAGCUCGCACGAAAUACUACACUUUUACAUCCUAAAUUCGAAUCUUAUAAACUAAGAAAUGAUAAGGAAAUAUUAUCUUUUUAUCGUUUAGAGAUUUCUCAUAAACUUUCAAAAUUACAGAUACCAUCUUAUGCAAAAAUUGGAUAUUAUGAAUGGAAAGCACGUUUAGGAAGAAAUCACCUGAGACCAAGUGUAAAACCAUUUUGUGCAUUAUAUAUUUCAGAGGAUGGUGUUUUUGUAGAACUUUUUAUGGAAAAAAUUAAGAAUGAAGUAAUUCUUAAAGAAAGAAUUAUUGCAACUAUCCAUAUUCCAAAAUUUGAAUGUAGAGGAACGGGUUAUGAUGAUAUUUAUCCAUAUUUUCCUGAUUUAAAGUCAUUAACAGAAACAUUAAUAUUGGCCACAGAUGGUGCCGGAAAAUUUUACUUUAUUGAUUCAUCAAGCGAUCCUGUACAAGUGGAUAUGGCAGUUUUUUCAACAGAAGAUCUGGAGUCCCAUCCUUUUAUCAUUUUGGAUGCAGUUUACCAUUCAAAUAUAAAGAUACAAGUUUUGAUUGCACAUUUAAAUGGAAGAAAGGAAAAAACAAAUACAAAAUCAAGAAGAUAUUUAAUAAAAAAUAUUAUGUGUGAAAAAACAUCUACAUCUUGGGAAUUAUCUAUUUUAAAUGUUUUUUUUUCUAAGGAAAUACCUAUUUUUUCUCAGUUUUUGGGAAAAACUCUAAUUGACCAAACUAUUGUUCUAGGUGUUCAAAAUAGAAUUGAAGAUAACCUUCAAAAGGGUUAUGAAACUUUGAGGGAAUAUAAUGAACAGCUACAUUAUACUUGGAUUCAAACUUCUGAAGAUAUUCGUUUAUUUUUAACAAUGUCCCCGACAAUUACUAAACAAGAUAUUUCCAUUAAAUUUUCUCGCAAUCAAUUAGAAGGUUUUAAUGAGGAUAAUGGACUUAAAUAUGUACUGAAUUCUAAACUUUAUCAUACAAUUCUCCCUUCAGAGUCAACAUGGACACUUUCAACAACUCCUCUUUUUCCUGAACAAAUUCUUGAAAUUUGCAUGAAAAAAGAAAAUGUUGGACUUAAAUGGCCUCAUAUUUUUGAAAAUAAUGACAACAUAUUAGAAUUAGAGAAUUUAUCCGAUAGAACAAUGGUAUUAAAAAAUCUUUUAUCUUUAAAAUCUGAGCCAAUAUCAAAAAUUAAGUCAAGCGAUAAUUACAUUAUAGAUUAUGAGAAUGCAGAAACUUACUUUUUGCAGCAAUUUAAAGAAGAUGUCUGUAUUGCUGAAAUCAGUGGAAUAACUAUUGUUGGAAGUCAAUUUACAAAUGAAAAAAAUAAGACUUCUUGCUUAGCAAUAAAAUAUGAUGUUGACGCAUUAAUUUAUAAUAUAGAGAGCUCUAAUGAGACUUCUCUGAUGAAUUUAGUACAUUCUUAUACAUUUCCUGCAUUGUCAUAUAUAUCUUCAUCUAAAAUAUCAAAAAAAUAUUUAAAAUAUAGCUAUACCGGUAAAUUUGCAAUUAUUGUUGAAUCUGGUGUCUAUAGAAAAGGUCACUGUAAUAGUCAAAAUCUAUAUUUGUAUUGGAAUGUUUUCAAUAACCAAGUUAACAGUUAUCAAAGUGUUAUAAAAAUACAAAUGGAAGCAUUAGGAUUAUGUCAAAUUGGUGAUCAUGAAAUAAUAAUCCUAGGUGAAAACGAAGGGAAACCUGUCGCUCUUUUAAUAACUAAUUUAUAA